CGGCAGCAACGGCAACCGGAUCGGCGCCUUCGCUGCUGGGCGCGGAGGUGGAGGUGGUCACGGUGCAGGGCGAGAAGGUGACUGGAUCCCUUUACAGCUGCAGUGACACACACAAGUUCCUGGCUAUUUCACAAAAGACGACGAAGCCUCGCACAACAGAUCCCAACGUCUUCGAUUUGCGCUUCUUUAGCUAUGACGUUCUGGAAAGUGUCACGGCUGUUCCAGGCAAGCCGAUUGGCCGCCGGCCGGAAGCUGGUCACCUCAACGUUGAUGAAAUGAACAAGCGCAUCCGCGCCGCAGUCCAAGAUGCUCAGCGGCAAUUGCAGUCAUAUAGCGAAACUGCAUCGGACGAUGCGCGGGCCGUGUUUCAGGCCAUGACCAAGCUGGGCAAGUGCCAGUGGCAUGCCAACGAUGCCAUUCUUUUCAAUCACAUGGUGCUCAUCAGUGCCCCCUACACCAGCAAGAACGUCAAGCCCGUAAACAAGGAUGGCCAAGACAUGGCUACCUACGUGGCUGAACGCGUGGCUCAGCUGCGCAAGUAGAAGCCCCAUCCCUUCUUGUGCCCAAGGCACCCCCGCAUCAAACCAAAACCCAACCACACUUUUGAAUGCCAGAAUUUGAAAAGAAAAAAGUUACAAGGAGGAACAAGCCUUCAGAAGCUCGACUCGCCGUUCGCACACAAAUUCAUGAAUGCUGU